ACGGCGGCGGGAGGGGGAGAUGAACACGCCGCUCGCGGAAGGCGCGUCGUCGCCGUGACGUGGGAUCGUCCAUUCGCAACCUCUCCGGCUUUGCGCGCGCUCGGACGGUCUUUUGGCGUGGAAGGCCCCAGGGCUUUUUCCGACGACAGAUGCGGGUACCGCAGCCUCGGCGGGUAUUUGCGAAGGUCGCGCCUGCAGUUCCCGGCUGCCGGGCGCGCUGAGGGUCUUUGAACCCACUUUUUGCUUGCACCGAGUUUCCUAGCUUGGCUUUUGUGAACUGCUGACAAUCCAGGUCUUUCCCCGAGCUUCAGCCCGGCUCAGCGCUGCGUUGUCUGCUGCGAGUCUCCGGCCUCCCUCGAGUCCUCGGCUCCGCGACCGGCCGGUGUUUAGAGCACAAAACGGAGGCGCGUGGGGGAAGGAUCGACGGCGCGGGGACCUCGUCCGUCUGCACAGGGGCCCUGCAGCGUCAGGUCUUUUGAGCGACUCCCCCGUCCCCAGCUGCUGUGACCCAAACCUCCCACCCUUCUCCCAGCCGGAGGCCUGCAGCAUGAGCGUCGAGCCCCCCAGGGAGGGGGCGCCAGCCCUGCGCUGCCCCUGAGCCUCCCCCCUGCGGAGCCAUGGAGCAGUGGGGCCGGGAGCCCCCCAGGGGCAGGGGGGUCUGGGCUGGGAUCGCGCCGCAGGGACCCUGCGCCUGGUAGGAGUCGCCCAGUGCCCCGGGGGGUCAGGACGGGGCGUCGGCCUGAUCCUCGGCUGCAGGAGGGUCAUGAAUCGAGCCCAGGGCUGGAUCUGCAGGGAACUGGCCCCCCCACGCUGCAGGAGACGCUGACACUGCAGGUCCCCGCGGUGAUGCUCAUUCGGCUCCAGGCUAUGGUCACCUCGUUCCUUUGCGCCCUCCACGCCGCCCCACGCCGCCUCCCCUCCCCCGCCGGCCCGGACGCCGGGGUCCCCUGGGACGCGCCGGCCCCCUCCCCGGGCGACUGGGAGCUGUCGUCCCCCCGCGUGGCCCUGGCCAGCCGAGCCCCCGCCGGCCCCCCCGUGCUGCUGCUGCUGGAGGAGGAGCCGGGCGUCCGGGCGGGGCCGGCGAACGGGACGCGGCGGGCGCGGCGGGCCGGGGGGGCGGAGGCGGCCCGCCGGGGCGAGAUGUCCGUGUGCGACAGCGUCAGCCUGUGGGUGACGGACAAGCGCACGGCCGUGGACAUCCGGGGCAAGGCGGUGACGGUGCUGUCCGAGGUGCAGACGCUCACCGGGCCGCUCAAGCAGUAUUUCUUCGAGACCAAGUGCAACCCGGCGGGCGGGACGAUGGGCGGGUGCCGGGGCGUGGACCGGCGCCACUGGCUCUCCGAGUGCAAGGCCAAGCAGUCGUACGUGCGGGCCCUGACCGCCGACGCCGACAAGCUGGUGGGCUGGCGCUGGAUCCGCAUCGACACGGCCUGCGUCUGCACCCUGCUGAGCCGCGCCGGGCGGGCGUAGCCGGGCCGGGGGCUGGAGGGACGGAGCCCCCGGCACCCGCCCCGCUGGGCUCUGCUUGGGAACCGGAGCCACUCAGGCACUGUCACUCACAUGGACGCCGUGGGUCAGCCCGGGGGCUGGGGGCCAGGCUCAGAGGCUGAUCAGUGGGGCUGGAGGCUCAGGGGCUGAGCUGUGGGGCUGGAGGCUGUGGGCGCCGUGGGUCAGCCCGGGGGCU